GGGAAUGUGAGAGUCCUCUCCACUGCUUGUACACCAAUCGUGAACUUCAGUCAGCAUGUAAGCUUGGCUAGUUCUCGUCAUUUCGACGCGCACAGACCCCCGCACGCCAUCACGGACGGUUGAAUUUGAGAUAUUUCCCAAAGAGUCGGAUAAGUUUUCAAAUAUCCGGAUAUCUCGCCAACAUGGACACCGCCCGUGCCGCGACUGCUAUGGCCGACAAGGCCGCGAGGUAUGCGUGCUUGAAGCAGCUGUACGAAGCCCUUCAAGACGAUCACGUCGACCUUGCUCGGCGAUACACUGCCGUGAAGCAGAAGAUUAGCUACGUCUCCAGCGAAAACGAGUGCUUGGUCGAUGAGUUGUGUCGCUACACUGAGAGCGACUUUGACUCGGAUUCGGACGGCACGAGCACCCCGAAGCAGACGAGCAACUUAAAAGUUGAAAAGGCUGAAUCCAGCGAUGGCGUGUACACACGUACGCCCACCGCCGUCGUGAAAGCAGAAUCAGCCAGUGUCGACACAUGAGGCGACUCUCGCCGCCAGCCCAUUACCCGACCAAUGCACAUAUUGGUGCAUUCCACCGACAAAUCUUUUCAACACUGCGACCAUCGUUAUCAA